GGUGUCGGCGGAGCCGUGCGGGAGAUGUGCUUGGCGAGAGAAGGGCGCUGGGGCCGGAGGCAGCGGGCGCUGCUGUGCUGCGUGUUGUUGGCGGCGUGGGAGGCGGCGUGGGGGCAGCUGCGCUACUCGGUGCCCGAGGAGCUGCCCAAGGGCUCGUUCGUGGGCGACGUGGCCAAGGACCUGGCGCUGGAGCUGGCGGCGCUGGGCGCCCGCGGCGCCCGAGUGGUGUCCCAAGGCAGGGCGCAGUAUUUCGCUCUGCAUGCGAGCAGCGGCCACUUGGUGACGGCCGAGAGGAUCGACAGGGAGCACCUGUGCGAGAGCGAAUCGGAAUGCGUGCUGCGCUGUGAGCUGAUCGUGGAGGGCGAGAUGAAGGUUUAUGCAAUCGAAAUAGAAGUCACGGACAUUAAUGACAAUACGCCGAGCUUUGGAGAGGAAGAAAUGGAACUGAGAAUGAGCGAGAUGGUACCUAUAGGUAUGAGGUAUUCCUUGAAGAGAGCUCACGACCCG